GGGACUUGCUCCAUUUUGCCUGUGUUCCACUAUUUUGGUUCUCUGCUGUAUAUCGUCUGUAGCUAUGUCUCCUUUUUCAUUGCUAAUAUUGGUUAUUUGUGCCUUAUCUCUGUUUUUCUUGAUCAAUCUCACUAGAGGUUUGUCUAUUUUAUUAGUCUUUUCAAAGAACCAGCUUUCAGCUAUGUUACUUCUCUCUAUUGUGUCUUUGUUUUCUAUUUCUUUAAUUUCUGCUCUUAUCUUUUUUGACCUCCUUCCGUCAACAUUUUUUGGAUUUAUUCUGCUGUUCUUUUUCUGAUGUGUUAAAUUGUGUACUAUGUCAAUUAAUUUUUUAGCCUUUCUUGCUUUCUAAUUUGUGUG